UCAUAUUACACUAUACGCGGUAAUACAGUAGAAGAGCGAGACAGAGCAUACGGCUUUACAACUCCGGAGAGGGACAAUGGUGACGCUAUUGUUGAAAGUACCCCAAACUUUUUUUAGGUCACAUAAAAGUAUUACAUUUGUAGGGUCGUGCCGCUUCAUGCACUUACUGCAUUCGUUUCGCAGUCAAUCUAGGAGAAACAUCUCCCACGCAGUCCAGUUGUAGUUGACCUAUGAGAGUGACAGUUUUAAUUGGACAAUGUCUUCGGUAGCAACUAACCGUGCUAGUGAAAUGUGGAAUUGUGCUGAUGUGAACGAUAAUAGUGCGAGACAAACUAAAUAUUACGGGAAUAAACAAUAUGCAAUGACGCCGGCUAAUUAUUACAACUAUCAGAACUUUUAUCCUCAAAAUCCUGAAUAUGCUCAUAUGUUAAGUGCUAAUUAUCCCGGAAAAAUGUAUGAACAAAACGUGUCUAAUGGAGUUGUGAAAUCAGAACCACAGUGGCAAGGAUAUGCCUCGAACUACAAUAUGAACAAUACAAACUUGGAUAUGGUGCAAAAGUGGAGAGAAAUGAAUUAUUAUUCGCAUCCGCAUGAAAACUACGCAUCUGACGGGCGAAUGUAUCCGCUAAUCAAUCAAGGCGUGUACGACAGAGGUGAGGACGUCAGAUCCAUUAACUCUCCCAGUCAAUGCAGUAUUCCUGAAAGUUAUGGUUCACCACAAAGCGUGACUGGAAACUUCAAGCCACCAAGUCCUGAGAGCAACGAUUCUCCUAAUCUUAGAGCACUACUUACAAAACCAAAGUCAAAUAAUAAUCCGUCACCUUACUUUGUUAAAUGCGAAAAGCCAUAUUCGCAAGAGAUGUUGCAACAAAUGCCAUAUACAGAAGAGGUUGGCGAAUGGCAAAAAACAAAUGAAACCGCAGCUGAGAAGGAAUGCAAUUUGUCGCAAUUUCAUGGCGGAUUUAAAAACUUGGAGGGUCAAACGUCAAUCAAGAAAGAUGCUGUGGGUGGAGCGCCGGCACCGAGUGAAGGUGCGCAGUCAUCGCAGGAUCCCGCGGAAUCCUGUCAAGAAGUGACGAGGGUCGAAGCGGGCGGCAACAAUGCGGAUUACGCAGAGAACAAGAUGGCCGCUGCAGCCGAAGUGCAAGCAUUCUACCCCUGGAUGAAAGGUAUUGGAAAUGACGACAAGAAGGAAGGCUCGAAAAGGACGCGGCAGACGUACACAAGGUUUCAAACUUUGGAAUUAGAAAAGGAAUUUCACUUUAACAAAUACCUUUCAAGACGACGGAGGAUCGAAGUUUCACACGCCCUCGGACUAACGGAGAGACAAAUCAAGAUUUGGUUUCAGAACCGAAGAAUGAAAGCAAAGAAAGAUGGAAAAUUGAACACUUCACCAGAUCCGUAUGCUGUUGACGAUAUUAGUGCUACUAAGUUAGGCACCGCUCCAGAAUACAUGGAUAGUAGGCAAAUGGAGUUUCCUAAUUAUCAUAUGGGGACAAUGCAAGCCAAUAUAGGUCAAAUGCCUGGAAAUAUGGUUCAAAAUUGUAUGAUGUCGCCUUAUGGAAGCGUCAUACCAAAGAUAUGACAGGCUCUUUUUUCAAAGUAGUAAAAUGCAAAUUGCAAUAAAUAGAUAAUAGUAAAGAACAUUUCAAUUAAGGGAACACCAACUAUAAAUAAAUAAAGCGCUUUAUGCUUUCCGCCCACUAUAUUAUGUACAACUUAAUUUUAGAAAUGAAAAUAUAUACAUAUUCUAUACAAUUAAAUAUUAGUAGCUGCAGUCUACAUUACACUUGUUUAAUUAAGAUUUAAAAGUAGUUAUUUUUUUUUAAUUAAUAUCUAUCAAUGUACAUUUUUUUUAAUAAUAUUAACUGCAGGGUGCACUUUUGUAACCUAGAUUAAAGCGCCAAGAAUUAAAACAUGUAUCUAUUUAUCAUUUUUAAAAUGUUUAUACAUUUUAAAUAAAUAUAGUGAGACUGUACGUUCCUACAGAAAAUAAACAUAUCUAUUGUAAAAAAUUGUCUUCUCGUCUCAUGAUAUGUGACGUCAGCGGCGGGCAUAGGCGGGCUUAAGGCAUAGUGAAAUCGGAACGAUUUCCAUCUUAGUUAUGAAUUUUUAAAUUGUCUUAUAUGUAAUAAUACUGUAAAUAUUGCUUUUUUAAUUUUAAGUAUAAAACAAAUUUACCUGAAUUAUACA